ACCCAAUAUAUACCCAAUCAAUCUGACAUGUUUUCUCCUCACAUGUCCACAAAAACAUGGCACCUUUGCAACAAAAGCUACCCUUCUCAUAUCUACUCAUCCUUUGCUUAGCCACUGUGGUUUCUUCACACAACAGACCUUUUACAGUUCCAAGUGUCACACGCUUGACGGAUUCUUUUCCCACUGUCCCAGUUGAUCAAGCUUUUUCUAAGGCCUUUGGGGCCUCCAGUGUCCAGUUUCUCAGCAAUGGGUCCACGGCCACACUGGCUCUCGACAAAGUCUCAGGCUCAGGAUUGGUAUCACAAAGAAGAUACAACUAUGGAUUCUUCAGUGCUGCAAUCAAAUUGCCCUCUGGUUUGUCACCUGGAGUUGUUGUUGCCUUUUAUCUGUCAAAUGCAGAUAAAUUCCCUCACAACCAUGAUGAAAUAGACAUUGAAAUUCUGGGUCAUGAUAAAAGAAAUGACUGGGUUAUUCAAACAAAUGUGUAUGCCAAUGGAAGUGUCAGCACAGGGAGAGAAGAGAAAUUCUAUUUCUGGUUCGACCCAACACAGCAGUAUCAUCUCUACAGCAUCUUGUGGAACAGUUAUCACACAGUGUUCUUAGUGGACAAUAUUCCAGUGAGGGAAUUCAUACAUAGCAACACAUAUCCUUCUGUUUAUCCAUCAAAACCAAUGUCGGUGUAUGCCACAAUAUGGGAUGGUUCAGAAUGGGCUACUCAUGGAGGCAAAUACCCAGUUAACUACAAGUAUGCACCAUUUGUUGCUUCAUUUGCACAAGUAAAACUGAGUGGCUGCAUAUCUGACCCCACUGCACCAGUUUCUGCAUGUGCUAAGGUCAAUCCUUCAGCUCAAGACCCAAUCAAUGGACCAGAGUUUACUAAGCUAUCACAGCAGCAAGUAGCAGCUAUGGAUUGGGCAAGGAGGAAACUCAUGUUUUACUCUUACUGCAAUGACAGACCCAGAUUCAAAGUCAUGCCACCAGAAUGCCACUAAUACAAAUUUAUUGACACAGAUUAAGGAAAGAGAAUUUCUGAAAACAAUUUAUCAGUAAUCAUGAAGGAAGCUGUAUCAAAGUCAUAUUUUUUAUAUUUUUUUUUCACCUGAGUGGAGAAUAAUACUAUUGUUGGAAGUUAAAUUCUUUGCCUCAGUAUCAGAAGAAGAUGGAUAAAUUAAUUGUUAUAAUAUAUUUUUGUAUGUAUCUAUACAAAUUUUAAGUCUAUAAACUCUAUAUAUAAUUUAGUGAUA